AUGCCACGACAAAUCCUCAUCAUCAACGGCCCCAACCUGAACCUUCUCGGUACUCGGGAGCCGCACAUCUACGGCGCCACGACGCUCGACGACGUCGUCGCCCAGGCCACGUCCCAAGCCAAAGCCCUCGACGCCGAAAUCUCGGCCUUCCAGUCGAACCACGAAGGCGCCAUCGUGGACCGACUGCAUGCCGCCCGCGGCGUCAUGGAUGUCGUCGUCAUCAACCCCGGGGCAUACACGCACACCAGCGUUGCCAUCCGCGACGCCCUGCUCGGCGUCGAGGUGCCGUUUGUCGAGGUGCACAUUUCCAACGUGCACGCGCGCGAGGAUUUCAGAAAGAAGAGCUUCUUGAGCGACAAGGCUGAGGCGGUGAUUUGCGGCCUCGGAGUGUUUGGGUAUACGGCCGCGGUGGAGUUUGCAGCCAAGCAUGUCAAGCUAAAGGGCAGCAAGGCACAUUUGUAA